AUGCUGGUCAGGUCAGGUCUGGUCUGGUCAGGUGUGGUCAGGACAUUAUGCUGGUCAGGUCAGGUCAGGUCUGGUCAGGUGAGGUCAGGUCUGGUCAGGUCAUUAUGCUGGUCAGGUCAGGUCAGGUCUGGUCAGGUCACUAUGCUGGUAAGGUCAGGUCUGGUCAGGUCAGUUCAGGUCUGGUCUGGUGAGGUCAGGUCUGGUCAGGUCAUUAUGCUGGUCAGGUCAGGUCAGGUAUGGUCAGGUCACUAUGCUGGUAAGGUCAGGUCUGGUCAGGUCAGUUCAGGUCUGGUCUGGUCUGGUCUGGUCAAGUCUGGUCAGGACAUUAUGCUGGUCUCGUCUGGACAUUAUGCUGGUCAGUUCUGGUCUGGUCAGGAAAUGAUGCUGGUCUGGUCUGGUCUGGUCUGGUCUGGUCAGGUCUGGUCAGGUCAGUUAAUGUCAGAUCUGGUCAGGACAUUAUUUUGGUCAGGUCAGGUCAGGUCUGGUCAGAUUAGGUCUGAUCAGGUCUGGUCAGGUCUGGUCAUGUCAGGUUUGGUCAGGUCUGGUCAGGUCAGGUCAGAUCUGGUCAGGUCAGGUCUGGUCAGGUCUGGCCAGGUCUGGUCUGGUCUGGUCAGGUCAUUAUGCUGGUCAGGUCAGGUCUGGUCAGGUGUGGUCAGGACAUUAUGCUGGUCAGGUCAGGUCUGGUCAGGUGAGGUCCGGUCUGGUCAGGUCAGGUCAGGUCUGGUCAGGUCUGGUCAGGACAUUAUGCUGGUCAGGUCAGGUCAGGUCUGGUCAGGACAUUAUGCUGGUCUGGUCUGGUCUGGUCAGGACAUUAUGCUGGUCUGGUCUGUUCAUGACAUUAUGCUGGUCAGGUUUGGUCUGGUCAGGUCAGGUCAGGACAUUAUGCUGGUCAGGUCAGGUCAGGUCUGGUCAUUAUGCUGGUCAGGUCCGGUCAGGACAUUAUGCUGGUCAGGUCAGGUUUGGUCUGGCAGGUGUGGUCAGGACAUUAUGCUGGUCAGGUCAGGUAAGGUCUGGUCAGGUCAUUAUGCUGGUCAGGUCAUUAUGCUGGUCAGAUCUGCUCUAGUCUGGUCAGGUCAGUUCAGGUCUGGUCAGGUCUGGUCAGGUCAGAUCUGGUCAGGACAUUAUGCUGGUCAGGUCAGGUCUGGUCUGGUCAGGUGUGGUCAGGACAUUAUGCUGGUCAGGUCUGGUCAGGACAUUAUGCUGGUCAGGUCAGGUCAGGACAUUAUGCUGGUCAGGUCAGGUCUGGUCUGGUCAGGUGUGGUCAGGACAUUAUGCUGGUCAGGUCAGGUCAGGUCUGGUCAGGUGAGGUCAGGUCUGGUCAGGUCAUUAUGCUCGUCAGGUCAGGUCAGGUCUGGUCAGGUCAUUAUGCUGGUCAGGUCAGGUCAGGUCUGGUCAGGUGAGGUCAGGUCUGGUCAGGUCAUUAUGCUGGUCAGGUCAGGUAAGGUCUGGUCAGGUCAUUAUGCUGGUCAGGUCAUUAUGCUGGUCAGGUCUGCUCUAGUCUGGUCAGGUCAGUUCAGGUCUGGUCAGGUCUGGUCAGGUCAUUAUGCUGGUCAGGUCAGGUCUGGUCUGGUCAGGUGUGGUCAGGACAUUAUGCUGGUCAGGUCAGGUCAGGUCUGGUCAGGUGAGGUCAGGUCUGGUCAGGUCAUUAUGCUGGUCAGGUCAGGUCAGGUCUGGUCAGGUCACUAUGCUGGUAAGGUCAGGUCUGGUCAGGUCAGUUCAGGUCUGGUCUGGUGAGGUCAGGUCUGGUCAGGUCAUUAUGCUGGUCAGGUCAGGUCAGGUAUGGUCAGGUCACUAUGCUGGUAAGGUCAGGUCUGGUCAGGUCAGUUCAGGUCAGGUCUGGUCUGGUCAGGUGUGGUCAGGACAUUAUGCUGGUCAGGUCAGGUCAGGUCUGGUCAGGUGAGGUCAGGUCUGGUCAGGUCAUUAUGCUGGUCAGGUCAGGUAAGGUCUGGUCAGGUCAUUAUGCUGGUCAGGUCAUUAUGCUGGUCAGGUCUGCUCUAGUCUGGUCAGGUCAGUUCAGGUCUGGUCAGGUCUGGUCAGGUCAUUAUGCUGGUCAGGUCAGGUCUGGUCUGGUCAGGUGUGGUCAGGACAUUAUGCUGGUCAGGUCAGGUCAGGUCUGGUCAGGUGAGGUCAGGUCUGGUCAGGUCAUUAUGCUGGUCAGGUCAGGUCAGGUCUGGUCAGGUCACUAUGCUGGUAAGGUCAGGUCUGGUCAGGUCAGUUCAGGUCUGGUCUGGUGAGGUCAGGUCUGGUCAGGUCAUUAUGCUGGUCAGGUCAGGUCAGGUAUGGUCAGGUCACUAUGCUGGUAAGGUCAGGUCUGGUCAGGUCAGUUCAGGUCUGGUCUGGUCUGGUCUGGUCAAGUCUGGUCAGGACAUUAUGCUGGUCUCGUCUGGACAUUAUGCUGGUCAGUUCUGGUCUGGUCAGGAAAUGAUGCUGGUCUGGUCUGAUCUGGUCUGGUCAGGUCUGGUCAGGUCAGUUAAGGUCAGGUCUGGUCAGGUCAGUUAAUGUCAGAUCUGGUCAGGACAUUAUUUUGGUCAGGUCAGGUCAGGUCUGGUCAGAUUAGGUCUGAUCAGGUCUGGUCAGGUCUGGUCAGGUCAGGUUUGGUCAGGUCUGGUCAGGUCAGGUCAGAUCUGGUCAGGUCAGGUCUGGUCAGGUCUGGCCAGGUCUGGUCUGGUCUGGUCAGGUCAUUAUGCUGGUCAGGUCUGGUCAGGACAUUAUGCUGGUCUCGUCUGGACAUUAUGCUGGUCAGGGCUGGUCUGGUCAGGUCUGGUCAGGUCAGGUCUGGUCAGAUCUGGUCAGGACAUUAUUUUGGUCAGGUCAGGUCUGGACAGGUCAGGUCAGGUCAGGUCUGGUCAGGUCAGGUCAGGUCUGGUCAGGAAAUUAUGCUGGUCUGGUCUGGUCUGGUCAGGUCUGGUCAGGUCAGUUUAGGUCAGGUCUGGGCAGGUCAGUUAAGGUCAGAUCUUGUCAGGACAUUAUUUUGGUCAGGUCUGAUCAGGUCUGGUCAGGUCUGGUCAGGUCUGGUCAGGUCAGGUCAGGUCUGGUCAGUUCUGGUCAGGUCUGGUAAGGUCAUGUAAGGUCUGGUCAGGUCUGGCCAGGUCUGGUCUGGUCUCGUCAGGUCAGGUCAUUAUGCUGAUCAGGUCUGGUCUGGACAUUAUGUUGAUCAGGUCUCGUCUGGACAUUAUGCUGGUCAGGUCUGGUCUGGUCAGGUCUGGUCAGGUCAGGUCAGGUCUGGUCAGGACAUUAUGCUGGUCAGGUCUGGUCAGGUCUGGUCAUGGCAGUUCAGGUCUGUUCAGGUCAGGUCAGGUCAGGUCUGGUCAGGACAUUAUGCUGGUCUGGUCUGGUCAGGUCUGGUCAUGGCAGUUCAGGUCUGUUCAGGUCAGGUCAGGUCUGGUUAGGUCAGGUCUGGUCAGGGCAUUAUGCUGGUCAGGUCUAGUCAGGUCUGGUCAUGGCAGUUCAGGUCUGUUCAGGUCAGGUCUGGUCAGGUCUGGUCAGGACAUUAUGCUGGUCAGGUCAGGUCAGGUCUGGUCAGGACAUUAUGCUGGCCGGACAUUAUGCUGGUCUGGUCUGGUCUGGUCAGGACAUUAUGCUGGUCAGGUCUGGUCAGGAUAUUAUGCUGGUCUGGUCUGGUCAUGACAUUAUGCUGGUCAGGUUUGGUCUGGUCAGGUCAGGUCAGGUCAGGUCAGUUCUGGUCAGGACAUUAUGCUGGUCAGGUCUGGUCAGGACAUUACGCUGGUCUGGUCUGGUCAGGUCAGGUCAGAUCUGGUUAGGACAUUAUGCUGGUCUGGUCAGGGCAGGUCUGGUCAGGUCAGGUCAGGUCUGGUCUGGUGAGGUUAGGUUAGGUUAGGUCUGGUCUGGUCAGGACAUUAUGCAGGUCUGGUCAAUUCUGGUCAGGUCUGGUCAGGUCUGGUAAGGUCUGGUCAGGACAUUGACGCUUGUCUAGUCAGGGCAGGUCUGGUCAGGUCAGGUCAGGUCUGGUCAGGUCAGGUCUGGUCUGGUCAUUAUGCUGGUCAGGUCUGGUCAGGACAUUAUGCUGGUCAGGUCAGGUCAGGUCUGGUCAGGUCAUUAUGCUGGUCAGGUCUGCUCUAGUUUGAUCAGGUCAGGUCAGGUCAGAUCUGGUCAGGACAUUAUGCUGGUCAGGUCAGGUCUGGUCAGGUGUGGUCAGGACAUUAUGCUGGUCAGGUCAGGUCUGGUCAGGUGAGGUCCGGUCUGGUCAGGUCAGGUCAGGUCUGGUCAGGUCUGGUCAGGACAUUAUGCUGGUCAGGUCAGGUCAGGUCUGGUCAGGACAUUAUGCUGGUCUGGUCUGGUCUGGUCAGGACAUUAUGCUGGUCUGGUCUGUUCAUGACAUUAUGCUGGUCAGGUUUGGUCUGGUCAGGUCAGGUCAGGUCUGGUCAGGUCAGUUAAGGUCAGAUCUGGUCAGGACAUUAUUUUGGUCAGGUCAGGUCAGCUCAGGUCUGGUCAGGUCAGGUCAGGUCAGGUCAGGUCAGGUCUGAUCGGGUCUGGUCAGGUCAGGUCAGGUUUGGUCACGUCUGGUCAGGUCAGGUCUGGUCAGGCCUGGUCAGGUCAUGUAAGCUCUGGUCAGGUCUGGCCAGGUCUGGUCUGGUCUGGUCAGGUCUGGUCUGGUCAGGACAUUAUGCUGAUCAGGUCUGGUCUGGACAUUAUGCUGAUCAGGUCUCGUCUGGACAUUAUGCUGGUCAGGUCUGGUCUGGUCAGGUCUGGUCAGGUCAGGUCAGGUCUGGUCAGGACAUUAUGCUGGUCAGGUCUGGUCAGGUCUGGUCAUGGCAGUUCAGGUCUGUUCAGGUCAGGUCAGGUCAGGUCUGGUCAGGACAUUAUGCUGGUCUGGUCUGGUCAGGUCUGGUC